CAAUUGCUGUUGGUAAAUGGGGCAAUAUUCACACCAUCCACAAUACACAAAGGUCAUGGACGAUGUAAGCUAGAAUUAAAUCAUACAGAAUACAUAUUUUUCGAUGAUGGCACGUGUGAUUCAUUGGAUACAGGAGAAUUCGCCUCAAGCUUCGCUUUCUCAUCGGCGGUACUCCUCAUUCUCUUUCAUCGACAUACACUGAUUUGAAAAAAUUAGUUCCAGUUGUAGUGGUUAACGCAAGUCAUACAUAUUCAAAACAAACUUCACUAUUAAAUUCAAUAGGGAUGUGGACCAUUGGCUGAUAUAUUGUAUAAAUACUUGAAGUUAACCGAAGGUUCUUAUAAAUCAUCAAAAAGUGAUAGUCAAGAUGGGGCAUUUAAUGAAUCUGAAGAUGAUUUAGAUAUAGCAACAAUUAAUGAAACAUUUUCAGAAGAUGAUGAUGAAACUUCGGUUUCAUCGAAUAAGAAAACAUUAAAAGAAAUGUUGCGAUCACUUGGUAAAUUUCGUCCCGAUUUUGUUAAUGAUGUACGAAAACUUUAUAAUAUUGUACGACAGCAAAAUUAUGAAACUCAAAAAGAAAAAGAUUUAGUAAUUGUUUUGCAAAAACUUGUGGGUGAUUUCAUGCUUCCACUGUAUGACACUCAAUCAGAUAAUGAAUUGUUAUUAUUGGGAACUGAAGAAGAUGCUGAACAUAUAUAUCGUGAUCUCUUUCUUUGGUGUAUAUUAACUUAUCGACUUGAUAUGGCUAAAAUCUUUUUAAGUCAAUUGAAAACUCGUAUUUGUUCGGCAUUGAUUGCUUCUAAGAUUCUCAAAUCAUUAGCAGCUUAUGCACCGGAUCAAGCUGCAAAAGAUACAUUAUUUGCUAAAGCUAAUGAAUUUGAAACUUAUGCUAUCGAAUCUGUACGAUGUGCUUAUAUUAAUGAUAAACAUAAAGCAUGUGAAUUGAUUAUGCGAUGUACGAAUCUCUAUGGAGGUGUUACAUGUCUUCAAAUGGCCAUUGCUGCAGAUAACAAAAGAUUUUUACAUGAAGAUGCUUGUCAAGCUCUGUUAACGAAUAUAUGGUAUGAUAGAGUUGAUCCUGUUCAAGAACAAAAACGUCUUGUUGUUAAUAUACUUACAUUUGGAAUUUUUCAAUUUUUUAUAUCGAUUUAUUUGAAGUACUUUUCUAAUUAUACUAGUGUAAAGCCGGAAAAUCAUGUAAGUUAA